GCCAUGCUUCACCACAGUAUCACAGAUUCCCUUAAAAAAUGUCUGAGAAGGUUGCCGAUGGAUCAUGGUCCACUGGUUUAUGCGACUGCUUCUCAGACUGCGGUUCUUGUUGUCUCACUCUUUGGUGCCCCUGUGUUAGCUUUGGAAGGGUAGCUGAGAUUCUGGACAAAGGAAAAACUUCUUGUUGUUUUCAUGGAUCACUGUUCUAUCUACUAGCUGGUUUGACUCAACUGGGAGGGUGUAUCUACGCGUGGUUGUAUCGUGCGAAACUGAGAGAGGUGUACGGGAUAGAGGGACACCAUUGUAAAGAUUGUUUGGUCAGUUUUCUUUGCCUCCAUUUAGCCAUUUGCCAGGAGUAUCGGGAGCUCAAAGUUCGUGGAUUUGACAUCUCUGCUGGGUGGGAAGGGAAUGUGCAAAUGUAUACACGUGGCGUUACUUCAGCACCGGAAGUGGAAGGUGGCAUGAGCCGUUGAGCAUGGCGUUAAAUUCUCUGUGGUUUCAUCUGAAAGUGAAAAUGAAAUAAACAGUGUCUGUAGUCUGUGACGUUGUUUGUUUGUGCUGUUGUUGUGUUUGAUGUUUAUCCAAGCAGUGUUUGUGUUUUUCAAAUGUCGAUCAUGUUCAAUAAUUUAUCACCUUGUCUAAUCUUAUG